AUGAUGUCAGAGUACAUAUGCGAAGAGUUGAUAGCUGAAAUCUUCACUAGACUACCGAUCGAAGCAAUCCUUCGAUUCAGAACGCUCUCCAAAUCGAUACGCUCUUGUAUCGACAGCCCCCAUUUCAUCCGCAAGCACACUCUUUUAUCUCCGCAAAAAUUCUUGAUCAGGCACCGAAAUCGUACUAUAGGAGAAGGGUAUACAUUACAUUCAGAAGACCAAUUGCCAUUACGUGGCGAAUCUAUUGAUGCAACCGCGCUCAAGUUUCCGUUUAGUUCUACCAGUAAGAUUGUUGGAUCAUGUAAUGGAAUUUUUUGUCUGCGUGAUUCGAAGGACAAGAGCAUUAGUCUGUGGAACCCUUGUAUUAGGCGUAAACUUACCAUUCCUGAUCGUCGUCCUGCUUCGAAAUGCAAGCUUCCAUGCAUCUGUAUCGGGUUUGGUUUUGACCCAAUCACUAGCGAUUACAAGAUUUUGAGGAUUUCCUACGAAGACUACGAUCAUAAAAGGCCUAGGCCGCCGCAAGCAUUUAUUUACUCUGUGAGGAGAGACGCUUGGUGUCAUAUUGAUUCUUCCCCUCCUCCUAAUGUGAUCAUGUCAGAGCAGGCAUGUUGUCUCAACGGAGCAUUAUUGCUUUGGGUGGUUCAAAAUUCUGUCGGAUGGCACAAAUCAGAAGAAGAGGAAAAGUACACCAAUGCAUAUAUCAUGACAUUUGAUUUGACCACACAUGUUUUUGGCUCCAUUGAGUUGCCAGCUGAUCAAUAUUGGGAAAACCAACUUUGGCACACCCAUCUCUUCCUAACAAUCAUUAAUGGUUCUAUAGCUUUUAUUCAUUGUGCCGAUAACAGUAGUAUUCGCAUUUGGGUGAGAAGGCUAGUGGACAACAAUACCGCUUGGUCUCUUGAAUUUGAUGUACCGACAUUUGAUAAUCUUAUUCGUCAUAGUGUAACAAAGUUUGUAGGAGUAACCAAGAAUGGUAAUUUCUUGUUCCUCUGCAAUGGUCAGUGUGUAGCUUAUGAUCAUGCGUCAGGAAUGGAAUCAAGUAUCAUGAAAAAUGGUUUUAAUUCAGUAGACAUGGAAAUGUGCGUCGAAAGCCUCCAACUGUUGAACAUAGCCCUUCCUUACAAAGAGUCUAUCAUUUCACAUUAUUUAUGA